AUGGAACCCGAAAGUGAUGAAUAUAACGAUAAAAAAUUCGAAGAAGAAGCUUGUAAACUUGUAAAUAGUACACUGAAUUCAAUAAAAUUAAGUGCAGAAGAAGUGGAUACUAUUCAGCAAUCCGAUUUGAAUCAUAAUCAGAAUUUCCCACAACCCAUUGUCGACAGUGAUGAAAGCAGGAUUAUUACGUUUUCUGGGCCUAAUUUUUCUGAACAGAACGAGGAAAAGGAUAACAUCAAAUUUACGGAAACUAGCAAGGAAACCAAAGAUUUAAUGACUCUUGACGAUCAGCCGAAUCUGACUGGUGGACCGGUUGGAUGGACAAUUGAGGAUAAGUGUAAAAAUGUAAUUGAAAACCAUAAGGACUCUGAUCAACACGUUUCACAACUGGAUUCUUUGCCAACUCCUACAGUCCUAAUGAAAACCGCAGAAGUCACUGAUGCAGUUGAUGCUGAUAAAGAAUUUGUUGAACAGACACCAGAAGUGGCACCAGAAUCACUGCUGCCAACGCAAUUAACACUUGAUGAGAUGAGUCCUUCAGCAUUGCCAGAUCCAUCUGAGGUUAUAGCUGCUAAGGUAGCUCCAUCGACUUCACCAACUCCAGCUGAGAUUAUAGCUGCUGAAGCGGCCGGUUCAAUUUCACCUCCACCAUCUCCAGCCAAACAUGAUGAAAUUCCGACACAUUCGUCAAUACCAGUGAAACACUCAAAGGUAGCGCAAGAAGAUGUGGCACACAACAACUCGGCACUAUUAAACGGUACUCCAAAAGUCUCAAAUCUUACAACUCCGUCAGCUGUACGACAAAAGUAG